CCAUCGCCCAAAAUGGCCGAUGGGACUUCUAUGCGCAUGCGCACAGGACUCCCAUCAGCCAUUUUGGCUGUUUUUGUGCAGGCAUAGCCUCCAGCCACCCACCACGUGGAACAGCCAGCCAGGAGGUGAUAGGGCCCGGCUGACUGAUCGUAGCAGAGCAGCUUCUAUCUUGCUGUUAAAACCAUCUCACUUGUGCCUGCCUGCCCAGUCAGUGCCCACCUUCAGCAGAAAAUGUCAAGCAAGAAGAAGCCAUCAGGAGCAUUUCAUCGUAAAAGGAGGUUGCAGCAUUGCAAAGAAGAUGAGAAUCAAGCUAAAGCAUUGCAAAGGUUUUUAACGACUUCACCAUCAUGUGAGACAGAAAACCCAGAGACAACAAAAUUGACUGAAUCAGAUCAUGAUGAUGACGGCAAGAUACCAAUAUCUGAGCCUCUACCUGGACCAUCAACAAGUCAAGACUUCACUGCGACUUCAGCAACACCAUUAGCACCUUUAAAUAUUGGUUGUGACAUAACUAGGACCGACACGGAAGAUGUGGAUGAUGAUUUAUUAGGAGAUGCAGUCCUGCCAUCUACAAGUCGGCAAACCAUUGAAUCUGAACAAAGCAGAGACCCAUUAUUAUUGCUUUCAAAUGACUGUGGAGAGUGGCCACUCAAAAUAAAUGACGAAGCACGGAAAUUACUUGUUGAACGAGGACCUCAGCAAGUCAGAGGCAUAAAUUUCCCAAAGGACAUUAAUGGAAGGAAAUUUUCCUCAUAUCAUUAUACAAGGAAGCUGUGCAAUGGAGAGCAAGUCAACAGAUAUUGGCUACUGUAUUCUGUAUCAAAAAAUGCAGUGUUUUGUUUUUCUUGCAAAAUUUUUGGAAAUGCCAAAUCUGUUUUUGCUAGUAGCCAAGGGUAUUCUGACUGGAGUAACUUGGGCAAGCUUUUGACCAGUCAUGAGAAAUCCCGUACUCAUAUUAAAAACCGUGCAUCUUGGCAUGAACUCUCUCAACGUUUACAUUUAAAGAAAACUAUUGAUGCAGAGCAUGAAAGACUUAUUUAUGGUGAAAGUAAACACUGGCAGCAAGUUCUGAAACGCUUGCUAUGUAUUGUACGGUUUUUGGGGGUUCAAGGAUUGGCAUUUAGAGGGACAAAAGAUGUUCUAUUUGAACUAGAUAAUGGCAACUUUUUAAAAUUGGUAGAACAUAUAGCACAGUUUGAUGAUCCGAUGGCCGAACAUGUGAGAAGAGUCAGUUCCAAAGAAACACACGUUCACUAUUUGAGCAAAAAUGUCCAGAACGAGUUUAUUGCUUUCUUGUCAGGCAAGAUCCAGAAUAAUAUUUUACAACAACUACACGAGGCAACGUAUUAUUCUAUUAUAUUAGACUGCACUCCUGAUAUUAGCAACACUGAACAAAUGACAUUGGUGGUAAGAUUCGUUAAAUGUGAAGCAAAUGAAGAUGCCUCAAUUAAGGAACAUUUUUUAGGCUUUGUUCCUGUUGCCAAUCCUUCAGGUGAAGGUCUCACAGAAAUAUUACUCAAAGAGUUGGAAGCACGACACAUUCCAUUAAAAAACAUGAGAGGCCAGGGCUAUGAUAAUGGUUCUGCAAUGAAGGGAAAACAUGUUGGAGUCCAGAGGAGGAUCCUUGAUUUAAAUCCUAGAGCCUUUUAUGUACCAUGUGGAAACCACUCCCUGAACUUGGUCGUAAAUGAUGCAGCUCUGUCUUGCAGUAUUGCAGUAGAGUGUUUCACCACCAUACAAGACCUCUAUAACGUUUUUUCAAGUUCUCCUCUAAGAUGGAGUAUUUUGUUGGAGCAUGUUUCAACUCUCACACUCAAACCACUCAGCAAUACUAGGUGGGAAAGUAGAAUCGAGGCAUUGUUGCCUUUGAGGUACCAUAUUGAAGAAGUAUAUGAUGCCUUAUAUGAAGCUUCUCAAUGUCAGAAAUUUGAUGGAUAUUAUAAGACCCAUGCUGUUGCUCUUCUUAAAAGACUGCAAAGCUUCACGUUUCUGUGCAGUUUAGUGACAUGGCAUGAGAUCCUGAAUAAGAUCAAUAUGGUUAGUAAACAGAUGCAAAAAGUAACAAUUGAUCUUCAAAGUUCUAUGGAUCUUAUUAAGAGUGUGAAAACAUUCCUAGAAAGGAUGAGAUCUGAAGACGGUCUAAAUAGCGUCAUUACAGAUGCAAAGGAACUUGCAGGAAAAAUCGAUGCUACUUCCGACUUUGAAAAAGAACCACUACCUCGACCGAGAAAAGUAAGCAGACAGUUUUCCUAUGAAAGUAAAGAUGAAACUGUACAUUCUGGUAAAGAUUCUUUUAAAGUGAACUUCUUUUUUGUUGUGCUUGACACAGCAAUAUCCUCAUUAGAGGAGAGAUUUGAGCUUAUGGACAACCAUAGUGAAAGUUUCAAAUUUCUGUAUGAUAUUUCAAGCCUUGGAAAAUGUCUGAAUGACAAAGAAUUGAAGAACGCCUGUCAACACCUUCAAACUGUUUUGACAGAUGGAGAAGACCAUGAUGUGAAUGGUGAUAAUCUGUAUGAUGAGCUACAAAUACUUGCAAAUAUGCUACCCCCUAGAAGUCUCCCAGCUGAAGCCUUGUCUUUCAUAAAACGUGGUUUGGAGGAUACUUUCCCAAAUGUCUACAUUGCAUUGAGAAUUCUUUUAACACUUCCAAUAUCCGUGGCCAGCGGUGAAAGAAGUUUUUCAAAAUUAAAACUUAUAAAAAAUUACUUAAGAUCUACUGUGAGUCAAGAGCGCUUGAGUGGACUAGCAACCUUGGCCAUUGAAAUAACUUGUUGGAUGAAAUGGAAACAGAUUCCCUAGUACAGGAGUUUUCAAAAUUGAAAGCCAGAAAAAUCAGUUUUUAAUUUUUAAAAGUGUUCAAGUUAAUUUGUAUAAAGGAAAACUGGAUGUUGAAAUAUCCACUCAAGUGAAGGGGCCAGAGGCUGGAUAGGUUGCCACCCCCAUGACAAUGGUCCAGGCUGGCGUGGCACUUCUUAGGACAAGAGUUCGCUUCCUGAAAAAGGAAGUGUCUAUUCUCCUGGGGUUGCAUUCUCCAAAACAUAACUGAUUAUUAGCAAGUCCGAAGUCUGAAAAAUCUGAGACAGCAUGACCAGGAAACCUUAGUGUAGUACUUGUAGACUAAAAAUAACAAAAAAAUUAAAAUGGUUGCAAAGUUUAUUAAAAUAUUUGCAUUCUAAAAUGCAAAAUUGGCGUUAAUUCUAUGUAAUGUUACUAUAUGAACAUAAUGUUGUUAAUAAACUUCUGGUUUGUAAGGUAAACUCUUUUAUCCAUUCUAUUCACCUCUACCUUCCACCUU